GAUCUGCGCACUGCGUCCUUCAGCAGUCUUUGUGUAAGGGUUGGGUGAAUGCAUCUGUUCCAUGUAGAACCUAAGACGGUGAAACGUACGUUAACGGAAGCGGUUCCACACAAUUUUAGGAGUCGGAAAGCACCUACAAAGAUGUGGAAGUUCAUCAUCUUCACCUUGGCUGUGUUCGUGGGGCCGUCCCAAUCACAAGCCGGAAGGUUCUUGGCUACAUAUUCGGGCUACGACUACUUCAAAGUACAGGUCAACGGACAGAUGACGAGUGCUAACGUGAAGAGGACGUGUGAGGCGGCCGGUUACGUCACGCCAUGUCCGGGGGAUAGAAGCUGCGCAGGGUCGUCCAGCUUCUGCGUCCUGACCGGUCUGACGGGGUGCUUUUACGGGCCCAUGGACGAUCUGUCUCAGGUUCUGUGCGGCACCACCCCUGACCGCUGCCGCGCCCUGGACGGAGUGUACGUCUUCAUGGGGUACAGCUGGAACGCGGGGGCGGCCUGUGGCGUGGACGGGGACCGGUACUACACGGUCGGGCUCAGUCAGAAUAACCGGGACGCACUCUGCGCAUUGGCUUCAGAUAUUGACCAGUGCAGCAGCGCCCCCUGUGAGAAUGGAGCUACGUGCCAGGGCGGUGUGAACGGCUUCACCUGUCAGUGCGUACCUGGGUAUACUGGGACUCGCUGUGAAACAAGCCUAGAUGUGGACGACUGUGCCAGCGAUCCUUGUUGGUUCGGUGGCACCUGUGUGGAUGGAUACAGGGACUUCAGCUGUGUUUGUCCUGAAGGUUUUGCCGGAAAAAAGUGUGAAAUCGCUGCGUUUUCCGGACAAUGUUACCAGUUCUCGUCCGACGCCCUCUCCCAACCUGAGGCCCAGCAGGCCUGUAGUACCCAAAACGGUCGCCUGGCGGACGCGAAGGUAGGACAGCAGCAUCAAAGGUUCAUCACGGACGGCAUCGCGACCUCCACUGGAGCCUCCAGCUGGCUCGGGGUGAAGCUGGAACCUGUGUACUACCUGAAGUACCCCGAUGGUUCGGUUUCUCCAAGGCCCCUAGAGAUGUCACCUACCCAGCCCCACUCCCACUGUGACCUGUGUGUUCUCCUGAACAGCUCCAACAGCUUCCAGGCGGAGCCGGCGUCAUGCACGGAACAGCACAACUACGUCUGUCAGACGGAUCUCAAAUCCUGUGGAUCAAACGUGUGUCAGAACGGCGGAAACUGCACCUCCUGUUUCGGCGAGUCCGUACUGUUCUGUGACUGUCCUGAUGGGUUCGGAGGAAAGUCAUGCGAGAUCAACAUUGACGAUUGUGCCUCGAAUCCGUGUCAAAACGGAGGAACCUGCCAUGAUGACGUCAAUACCUACCACUGUAGCUGUCUGCCGGGAUACACCGGGAACAACUGUGAAUCUGACAUUGACGAGUGCGCCUCCAAUCCCUGCCAACACGAAGGAACCUGCCAGGAUCAAGUCAGUUCAUACAGCUGCCUGUGCCCAACCGGGUACGACGGAGACAACUGUGAAAUCGAAAUAGACUGGUGUUCUCUUGUGACCUGCCCGUUCGGCUGGACCUGCCAGAACCUGAUUGACCACUUCAGCUGCCUGGCAUCGGCCGGCCGUAUGAUGGAGCCCUACCGGUGCAGCAGCGCCUCCUGUCCGGACGGCAUGUACUGCAAGGAGAAGGGCGGCCAAGAAUACCUGGCCAUGGUUGGCAACUGGAGUUUCUUUAACGUUCAGGCUUCCGGUCAGAUGACCAAUGCCAACGUCAAGGCGACCUGUGAGGCUGCAGGAAUGAGGUACCCGUGCUAUCACACAGGUAGGGACGGGUGUACCAAUCGCUACUGGAGCUCAAACUGCAUCGUGUUCGAUGACACCUUAGUCAGCUGUGAAACUUUCCUGGUCCUCUCGGAAAACUUGUGUGGACAUACUGACCCUCCGCACUGCCAGCCCCUUGAUGACACCUUUGUGUACAUCCCUGCCUGGCUGACUGACGGAAGUGCCACCGGAGUGGACUAUGAGACCCAUACAGACCACCUACAUGGAGCAUAUUACAGCAACAAGUACGCGAUGUGUGCAGAUAUUGACGAGUGCGAGAGCAACCCUUGCUGGAUGGGAGGGACCUGCAUGGAUCACGUGGCCAGCUACAGCUGUGUCUGCCCAAAGUAUACCACAGGGGAGCAUUGUGAAAUCGUAUCUUCUGUCGGAGAUUGCUACAAGUUCUCAACUUCAGCAGCUCGCCAUCUCGAAGCCACACAUGCCUGCCUUGCUGUCGACGGCCACAUGGUGGAUGUGAAAGACGACAAAAAGCAACAGUUCCUGGCAAACAUGAUUGCGGCCACCACUGGUUCUUCCACGUGGCUGGCCAUGAAAACAGCUCCGCUACCUAUUCUCCACAGCGAUGGUACUCUUGCGUUAGGUUCCCUACAGUGGAUGGCAGGCGAACCGUCUUCCCCUUUUGACCUCUGCGUUCUUCUGGACAGUUCCAACAACUACCAGGCAAAGAUUGCCUUCUGCACAGAGCAACACAGCUACGUCUGCGUGUCAGAUAUUGUUGAAUGCUCCUCCAAUCCUUGUCAAAACGGCGGAAUGUGCUCUGAUGGCCUGAACUCGUACGUGUGUCACUGCACUGCUGGGUUCGAAGGGGACAACUGUGAAACAGAUAUGGACCUGUGUGCCCAAGUUGUCUGUCCGUUCAACUGGCAGUGUCAGGAUCAGGGUGACCAUUUCAUCUGCAACGCCAGGAGCACCAGGCUGGUACAAGUGGACCCUUAUGUCUGCAGCAGCGCCUCCUGUCCGGGCGGUAUGAACUGCAAAGAGGAGGAUCCGGCAUCUUUCUCCUGCAGAGCCGGGUAG